CUGACACCUUGUGCAAAGAAUAAGGUCUCACUGUCUGAGGGAGAAUACAUGCAUGCACUUUUUUCCACAGAAGACAUUUGAGAAAUGAAACAACAAUUUAGACUUUGAAGAUUUCAAAAUUACACAGGUUACCAAAAAACACAAAAACCCUCCCCUUUUGAAAGACUGCAGGCAUUUUAGUUAAUGUCUAUGUGGGAGCUAUAUGGAAAAAUCAAUUCUGUCCUCUUAAACUGGUUUCAUAGUUUUGGUUUUCAUCUAUCUACAGAGAUCUGAAAAGUCUAUGUUGUUUUGUUUUAUUUUGCUUCUGCAAAUAAGAGAGUGGUCUGAGGAGCAUCUGUCUAUAAACACAAUAGUGCUGAAGAUGUUCAGAUUCUGGAUUUACCUGCCUUUCCAUCUUCUCGUGGCCAUGUGUUUGUGUCAUUCUAUAAAGGUGCCCACCAGUUCCCAACACAGCUUCAAGAGUGAUCUCUUCAACUGUAAUCAUUCCCUAAUUCUUGCAGAUGGUAAGGAAACCACAGUCCACCUGUUGAAGGAUAUACCUAAAAGGUACUGUUUCAUUCUGGAGGAAGACAGAGCCCCAGCUCCUUUCACAGUAACCGUGACACCCUGUGAUGUUCCCAUUGAAUGGAGUAUACUGGUACAUAAGGCAUCAACAAACUUCCUUGGAAAAGCAGCACGUGGUGAUUAUGACACUCUUGAAGCCACAAAAUCUCAGAAGAUUCCAAAGUUGGUGUCCAUGAUAUUUAACUAUAAAGGAAAUUCUGUGGAGACUUAUAUGGGUAUGUCUUCCUAUUCUGCUUUCUAUAUGCUGGAGUUCCUAUCAAUUGAACGAGACACACACAUUACUGUAUACUUAACAACUGACACAACAUCUGGGCAUCUGUAUCCAGAACUUCCAUUAGAUCCACGCAUAGAUGUUAUCGGUAUUGGCCAUGCAACUGUGACUCUAGCUUGGAAACACAGCCCAUCGGUCUUAAAGCACAAAGAAAACAUCCAGUAUUGUCUGCUCGUCAAUGAAAAACACAACUACAAGAGUUUAUGUGCAGCUGAGACAGCUAUCAGAUCUUCAGGUAUGAAAUCGCCACCAGCACUAGCUCUUUCUCUCUUUCCAUAUCUUCUAGACCAUCAACAGGUAAUGAUACUGUCCAAUAGUGAAUUAAGUAUCAUCAACAGGGUUAGUAAUGGGGAAGUAAGGCAGAUAUGCAUGGGCACCAAGAAUACUUAUACAGUGCCCAACCUUAGACCCAGCACUCAAUAUUACUUUGAUAUUUUUGUAGUCAACCUCCUCACUAAUGCAAGUGCUGCCUACACUGGAACAUUUGCAAGAACUCUUGAGGAACCUGAGCCUAAAGUUAUUGAGCUGAAGGAUGGGAAGGUAAUUCAUCUAACCCUGGAUGGGAAAAAGCAGAAAUUCUACAGCUUGCAGUACCAGGCUAGACACAAGAAGAUCCAAUUCAUCUUUCAAUCUUGUAGUGGCCAAGUAGGGGUUCAGAUAACAAGGAAUGGUAAAGUACUGGCCUCAGAAAACAUUGCAGGCUUCAGACAUUUCUCACUGAAGGGAAAGCUGCUGGACACGUAUUUGGUGCAGCUAAGGUCCAUGGACCAUACUAAUUCUUCUGUGAAAGUUCAAGUAUCCUCUCACUUCCACAAGCCUUUCUUCCCACUUCUUCCAGAAAGCUUAAAAAUCAAGUCCUUCAGUAAACUGAGGACCUGCAAUUCAGUCACCAUUGCCUGGCUAGGAACACAAGAGCAGAGCAAGUACUGUGUGUACAAGAAAAGGAUCAAAGAGGAUCAAGUUUGGAUGGAGGUGAGGAGCGCAGACAGGUGCUCAGGGCCCAAAUCCAGACACAACUCUGAGAAAGUGCUGUGCAAAUAUUUCUAUGAUAUAAAUCUACGACGAGCAGUUACCACACAGACCAUCAAGGGAUUGGAAGCAGGGACUCUCUACCUGUUUGAUGUUUAUCUAACUGAACCUUCUGGGAUCCCAGUCAGGUAUCACAGUAAAGUUGUGAAGACCAGGAAAAAAUGUUGAGGGCUUUUCAAUAAAUGUUUUCUGGUAGAUAAAUAAGGAGCAAAAUGAAAAACAUGCACAAUAAACACCAGUGCUCUGUGCAGUUCAAAAUAUAUUGGGGCAUAACACACUAUUAUUAAAGCUGCAAGAUUUGUGGGGAAAGAUUUUUUUCAACUGUCUAGAAAAUUAGGCUCACUCUGGCAUAUUUUUUCCAAUAUAAGCUUCUCUCUCAGUUGUCUCACAUUGACAGCAAAAACAAGACUAAAACAAAUAGAGACACUUGGAAACAAUGGAUUCACCCCAUGACAUACAAGAAAUCAGCCUGGAGUGAAAUGAACUAAAAUGGACCUGAAAUCAAAUUCAUGUUGUUAAAUACCUUUCAAGGAGUAUUGAAUUACUUUAAAAUCUAACAUUGUUUUUUCACUUGGCAUACCUCAGUAACUGUCAAUGAGGGACUGAGCGAUACCACCAGAAUGACUAUCUCUGACAGAUUGACCGUUCCCUGCCAGUUGAGAGAUUUGCUUGUGAAGGCAAAUGGACAAUGGACUGGUAUUGCUGCAAAGCAUCUCUCAUGCACAAAGGUGCAAGACUGAUAAAAGUGGUGGAUUGGGUGUCCAGCUGCUGCAGCUACACAUUCUAGUCAACUGUAAUUACAGGAGAUUCUCAAACAACCACAUCACAAUUACCUGCAUAUUUGAAUUGCAUUCAUUCCUGUGGAGAAGUUAUUCUUGUUUAGAGAUGGACCUGACUCACAAAGUUUGGACCAGAAAUUGGAUCUGAAUUUCCCCAAAGUUGAGGGUGUUUGAAUACAGUUUGCUGGUUCUGCCCAUAUAGAGAAAGACCUGAGUAGGGAAGUCUGAGGAGAAGGAAGAUAGUUCUGAUCCAAACUGUUCUAGUUCAGGUCCAUUGCUACUCUUGUUUGGGUUUAUGUAUUCUAUACAUACAUAUACAUUGUAUAGACAAGGUGCAUCAUCUUUGAAGCUUUCUUGCAGCAAGACAUGGAGGGCUGAAAACAUUAUCACUAAUCCUUCCUCCUCCCCACAUAGAGAUUCGCACAUGCUAAACGCUCCACUGCAUGUAUUAUUUUACUCUUACAAUGGGAUACAUGAAUUCCCACCCCAUAAUUUCUGACCCUGGCAAACACCAGCACUGUGCAGAACUGCAUGAGGACCAGUUCCCCACAAGAUCACGUUCUGGUUUCCCUUCCCACCAUGCCCACACACACACAAUCCUACGCAGGCACCUCAAUGUGAUAGGCUAAUUCCUUCCUUCCGUGCAGCCCCAACACAGCCUAUUUCAAAGAAUGUGUUGCUUUUUUAAAAAUCUGAUUUUUCCUAUUGAGUAGCAUGAAGUAGUAUGUCUGUAGUAAAACCUGACAAGCACAGGUGUUUUUAUUGUCUCUGAUUCUCUGAUUGUCUCUUUUAAAUUUUGGAAAAGGCAAAGUAUGAGGAAUAUUUUGAAUAAAAAAAUCCCCUCAGAAAAAAAAAUCUUCAUAAUCAAUUAUGCUGUUUCAUCACCUGCAGAAGAGAUUUUUGAACACAGACACUUGGCAGAUCUGGAUUUCAUAUAUAAAGUAAUGUAAAACAUUAACAGACCCAGAUAUUUCUGAAGAAAAUUGAUCUGCUUUAUUUGUUUUUCUCCAAAAUUACACAAAGCCAGGUGUAAGUGCGUAAUUCUAGUCCACAUGUAUUUAUUGUACAUUGUGCAUGCUAGUACUUCCUUUACAUUACUGGAGCAUCAAGGUUUCAACUUAUUGUUCAUUAUUAUUAUUCAUAUUUCAACAGUGCUCAGAGGUGCCAGUCAGCACUGGGCCCCACUGUGCUAAGUGCUGUACAAACAUAUAGGGCAUGUCUAUACUUAAGGCUAAAUCGGCGCUGCUGCGAUAGAUGCGGAGGUGUCUAUUUAGCAGGUCUGGUGAAGACCCACUAAGUCGAUGGCAGAGUGCUCUCCUGUCAACUUCUGUACUCCAGCUCUCCGAGAAGCGUAAGGGAAGUCAGAGGGGAAAGCGUCUCCCAUCGACACAGAGCGGUGUAGACACCACUGUAAGUCAACCUAUGUUACAUAGACUUCAGUUACGUAAGUUAUGUAACUGAAGUAGCAUAACUUAGGUUGACUUACAGCUGUAAUGUAGACCAGCCCAUAGUAUGAAACAGUCGCAGCUCUGAAGAAUUAAUGUAGUUUAAGACAAGACACAAGAGUAGGCAAGAGGCACCUGCCCAACAGCUUCCUUGUGGUUCCUGAAUAUGAAUGCCAAUGCCAGCCCCCGUGCCUGCUGCAAGAACGGGGAGAGUCCCUGGCACCUCCGUGGGAUCAGCUGAAGAAUCAUGGCCCUACACUCCUAAAACACUGUGCAGGAAAACAUCUAGGGAUUCUGAGCAACACAGAACUUUCGGGGCCAGACACCUAAGGGUAUGUCUACACUGCAAUUAAACACCACAGCUAACCUGCGUCAGCUGACUUGACCUCACAGAGCAUGGGCUGCGGGGCUGUAACGCUGCGGUGCAGACAAUCGGGCUCAGGCGGCAGCCCAAGCUCUGGGACCCAGCAAGUGGGGACAGUUCCAGUGCCUGGGCUCCAGCCUCAGCCCGGCAAAGCAGAGUCAGCUGGCAUGGGCCAGCCAUACGUGUUUAAUUGCAGACAUACCUCUGAAAGCCUCUCCCUCUGUGACCUGUAGCCCCACCUACGCUCAUCAAGAACUCUUCAGGUAAUUGUCUAAGGAUCUAGAGGCACAGCAUUCUCUCUGGCAGGCCUUUAUGUCUAAAAUUUGCUUCUGCCAAAAAAUAGCCUGAACCCAAACCUGGCCAUGUUUAGAACAUGAUGCAAGACUCAUCCUUUUACCCACCAACUGUACACUUUGAAAUCCCUCUGUUUUUCUCUGUCUCUUGAAAGUCUCAAUGAUGUGUAAUUUAUCUGUUCAUUUUAUCUGGGUUGUGUUAAGCAUGUAAAGUACACUAAGGUGCUAUGGAGAUGGAUGCCCUAUAAAUGAUUGCAAUAACAACCUAAGGAGAGGAGAGUACGAUGAUCUAUCCAGUUGUUUAUAACACACUCUUAAUAUGCUGACCUUGAGCUAACAAAACUUCCAUUGAGAUCUCUGUGUUUGCAAGCUAGAUCCAGGGCAGUAUCAUAGGUGCUGGAACAAUUUUUACUGGGGGGCAGAGAGGGGUUUGUUAAAAGCCAUUGAACAAAACUGUAACCUCUGUAUAGGAUGGAAACCAUUUCAAACCAGGGGGUGCUACUGCACCCCCACCAGGCCUAGUUCCAGCACCUAUGACAAUAUAUGGCUCAGAAAUAACGUCACAGAACUCCACUUACAAUAGGUGCACUUAAAAGUCAUUCAAUGUCCAUCUCACUGUUGAUGUUAUAUAGAACCAUUAGCAGUAUAGAAAUUAGAUGUGGCAGAAAUGUUCUUCGCUGUCAUUCUUUUCAGUGCUAUUCUCCUUUUAUGAAGCACAGCAGGGAGCAGACCUUGAAAACCUUGACCACAUGCCCUCCCUACCCUCCAAUUUGGCUCUAUCUCCUCUUGCUCUCUUUCUAAAGGAGCUCAACUACUUGGCCCACCCCAUCUCAAGCUGCAGUCAGCGCUUUCCAUCUCCUAACAGUCUACUAACCUGUGCCAAGUAGGGAAAGUACUGAAACAAAGCCUUGGAGAUUUAAAGUUAGCCCUGUGAGGCCUUGAGGAAGCUACAGAGGCCUCUGUGUAUUUUGUCCUCUCAAAUGAUUUAAGAUAAGCCCUCUGUGGCUUUGCUAGGCAAAAAAGUUUUUCAACGUGUCCUGUGGUGGGCUUUUCCCAUAUGCUGCCAGCUGCCACAACCUGGAGCCUGAGGAUGAUGGAAUAUCCAAGCCUGAAUCAAUAAUAUCCCUUCCCAGAAUGGCUUGCUGUGUAUUCUCUGUUGCAAGGACACCACUAUGAAGAUGGAGGGCUGGGGUAGAGACUCAGAUGAUCAGAGAGGGUGGGUAAUACUGAGAUUCAGGCUUUGCAUGUAUUUCAGCAAAGCCUCCCAAAAUGGCUUUCAGCUUUUCCCAUGAGCACUUGGCUCUGACAAUCACCACUUGAACCCUGAAGGCGACAGCAAACAGUGGGAGAUUGAAACCGCAAAAUAAAGGGGCAUAGGUUACAAUUCAGCGAUGGGUGGUGAGUACAAAUAGCAAUAAUCUAAUUAAACGGGCGUGUUCUAGAGUUUAGUGCCUACAAAGGGACCAAAUUAAAGCUUUCAUUCAGAUUUAAUAUAUUUCUUGCUGGCACCACCAAGCUGCGUAAAUGAACUCCUCGAGCAUAUCAAGGAUGUAAGUUUUCCUUCUGACUCAUCACAAUCAGCUCACCCUGGCAAAACCAUUUCUUUAAGCAGAAGAACUUCAUAAGCAUCAGGUUUACACCUACUGUUGCGAAAGAGCUCAGUGUCAUGGGCAGACUUGGAAGAAUGUGAUUUUUUUUUUCUGCUUUUGAAAGUUAAUAUUGAUUUUUGUUUCUAAGGUUUUUUAUUUUAUUUUAUUUUAUGUGGUUUUAAUUUUUACAGCUGCAGGAAAUUAAGGGGGAGUUAGGUUAGGGCAGUACUGACAGAGGGUCUCUAGGGGGCUUCCUGCAUGGCCAAGGAGCCCAAGACACCCCCAAGCACAAGUUGUGGGGGAGGCUGCGGUCCUGGCAGGGCAGAUCAGAGAGGUCAGGGCCGUGAGGAGGAUGAGCCCCUGGCUGUGCAGGAGGCCACCCCCUGUCCAGGGACAGCUUCCUCACUCCCAGCUGGUGAGGGAGAGAGCGGAUCCGUGCCAGCAGCAUUGUAGAAGGCUCCCUGUGCUGCUACAGGGCCAGUGACACCCAAUCCCUGCAGGCACAGGGUGCAGGAUGGAGGCUGCACUGGCACCAACUGUUACCGAUGGAUACUUUUUUUCAUAUAUUUCAGUGUGCAGAUGAAAUUGACCUUUACCAACAUCUAUCAAUUUAAAUUGAAUCCUGCCAAGCCUACUCAGGGAUAGAACUCAUAGUCAGCAAGGUAACAUCAUGCCACAGCAGUUAGUGGGCCUGCCCACCCCAGCCCCAGAUGAUAUUCUGUUCACACUGAUAUGAUAUGAACGCUGAUAUUGACAACACCAAUGUGAAGUGCAUGCAUGUGUCUCAGUCGGAGUUGGGCAAGCUGCUCUGUGCCAGCACUAGGUCUCAAGUGAGAGGACAGUGCAAAUGCACAGCAAGGCAAUGCACCAAGCACAGUUUAACAUACAUCAGUGCAAUGGAAAUUACAGGGAACUACACUUGCAGGCUGCAAAAUCCACAGCUGGACUGUCUAGAGGCAGCAGCGGUUUAGACCGAGCAACCUUCCCAGAUUCUUACCACAACAUUAGGUCAGAUAUAACAUAAUACAGGCAAAUGCCGUUUCAGUGGCCUUGGUCUGGCUGGUAUACACUAGGGAAUUAAUAUAGUAUUGGACAAGUACAAAGAGCAAUAGUGGCGCUUACUGGUAUGGGAAACUUUCACCACAUAAUAAGAAUGGUGUGGGUGAGUUCUUGCUGAUUUGCUUAUUCCACAGGCAGAAGAGAUUUUUUUUUUAAAAUGAGGCUGUGAUGUCAUUGACAUGAACUGUGACUGUAUAGAUCACUGUUGCAACCAAAGUCCUAUAGUUGCGCCAAAUCUUGUACAAAGGGGGUCAAGUGAGCUGUCUAUGAAAAGGUUGCAAUUUGCUGGUUAUAAUUAUGCUGUCUGUCGAUGUGUAUCAUUUUUGUAUUUGAAGUUAUGAAUAUUGGCUAUGUACAUGUAGCUCAACGUGUUUGAUUCUAAGUAGAAUCAGUGAAGCAUUUGGUCAACUUCUUGAGAAAGGACUAUUCUGAGUAAGUGCAUCCGAAGAAGUGGGCUGUAGUCCACGAAAGCUUAUGCUCUAAUAAAUUUGUUAGUCUCUAAGGUGCCACAAGUACUCCUGUUCUUCUUUUUACUUAACUGACAAUGGACCUUGGGAGACUCCAAUCCACAUCUGAGGAGCCUUCCUGGGAAUGUUCAAGGUAGCAUGUGAGCAAUGGCUGCUGCCUGCAAACUGAGUCAUGCAUGGACAUGUGACUUGCCCAUGUGACUCCAAACUCUAUCUUGCUGCUUUAAUUUUCCACAGUAAGAACAAAGGGGUUUACAUAGUACAAAAGGCCCUAGAAACCCCUCCAUUUGGUCUUCAAUCCUGCUUCUGUCCUCUGGAGGAACUGUGCUUAAAACUGAAGCCCUGAACAACCCAUCCAAGAUGGGAUGUUUGUACUCCAGAGACUUGAUUGAUUUAAAUUAGCAGUAAUCCCAUCAAGCCUGAAACAAGCCUGAACUAAGAAUUUUGCAAUUGUUGUAUGUAUUUGAUUCCAUUUAACCAAUUUUAACUCUCAUCAAUUUCUUUCUUUUGAUGAAUAAACCUUUACAUUUUAGAUUCUAAAGGAUUGGCAACAGCGUGAUUUGUGGGUAAGAUCUAAUUUGUUUAUUGAUCUGGGUCUGGGGCUUGGUCUUUGGGAUCAGGAGAACCUUUUUUCUUCUACUGGGGUAUAGGUUUUCAUAACCAUUCCUCCCCAUAAGGAGUGGUGCUGGUGGUGAUACUGGGAAACUGGAGUGUCUGAGGGAAUUGCUUGUAUGACUUCUGGUAAGCUAGUGGGGUAAAACCGAAGUCCUCUCUGGCUGAUUUGGUGUGCCUUAGUAGUGAAGGGCCCCCGGCCUUGGGCUGUAACUGCUCUGUUCUCAGGGCCGGCUCUAGGCACCAGCGUUCCAAGCAUGUGCUUGGGGCGGCACUUUUCAAGGGGGGGCACUCUGGGGUUUUGUUUUUUUGGGGCGGCAAAAAACCUGGAGCCGGCCCUGCCUGCUCUAAGCAAUUUGUCCUGAAUUAAUACUCUCAGUAGUGUCCUGCCAAAGGCCGCUUUGUUACAGAGGCUGAUAAGAAUUCUAAAAGGUGUGUGAAUAAAAAUGUGUUACCUAUCGGCAAGUGUAAAAUGAAUAAACAUGGCUGCCCUGCCAUAGACAAGAUGAAGCAUGUCUGCAUAGGAGAGCUAAUAUCUUUCAGAGGAUAAGCAGACCAUGAUCACCUCCCACUGCUCAUUAAAAAUCACAAGGGAUGGAAUCAAAGCAGAAUUUCUCAAACUUUUCAGGUUGGAAACCCCUUAUCAGAAGCCAAACAUUCCCACAACCUCCUUUCAUUUACUAAAGAAGUAAGAGUAAAAAAUGUAUCAAUGAUGAUAAGUCUAUGUCAUAUGUAUGUGUCAAGUUAUUGACUUGAACUGGGACCAUAUAGAACAUGGUUGCAACCAAGGUCCUGUAGUGGCACCAAAUCUUGUAUAAAGGGGGUCAAAUGAGGUGUCUAAGACAAGGUCAUGGUUUGCUGGUUAUGAUUAUGUUGUCUAUAUGUGUGUAUCAAUUUUGUAGUUGACGUUAUGAAUAUUGGCUCUAUACUGUCUGUAUUUCAAACUUAUGCUAUGCUUCUGGGAAACAUCCCAGAUAAGUUGGUGUUAGCUCUGCCUAGCCUGCUUGAUGGCCCAUUAAGGACCAUCAGUUAAACAAUUGACCCAUUGAGAAAAGGCAGAUACGCCUUGUAACUCAGCAAAGUAUGCAGGAACUUGUCCAUGUGACUCCAGACUCCAUUUUGCUGUGAUUUUCCACAGUAAGGACAAAGAGGUGUUCUUACACGUGGAAAAGAAUAUAAAAGGCUGAUGUCUCAUCUCCAUCUUGUCUUCAAUCCUGCUUCAUACCUCUGGAGGGACUUUGCUACAAACUGAAGCUCUGAACAAAGGACUGAAUGAACCAUUCCAGCUGUGGAUGUAUUCCAGAGACUUGAUUUUGAACUUGCAGUUUAUUCUAUCACUGUUACAAGCCUGAACCAAGAACUUUGCCAUUACUGUAUGUAAUUGAUUCAA